UUGUUAUCUGCUACAGUUUGCAGCCCAAUGCUAAUAGCAAUGGAGGAGAGGUUAAUAGCGGCGGUGUCCGACUAUCCAGAGUUAUACAAUUCAACAAUAAAUUCAUACAAAGACUCUGCUAGAAAAGCCAAAGCAUGGCGAGCUGUAAGUUUACAGGUUGAAAUACCAGAGGAGGACUGCCGCCGGAGAUGGAAGAGUCUGCGGGAUAUGUUCAUCAAAGACAAACGUGCAGAGCAGCGGAGACGAGCGUCAGGAACGUCCCACCGCAGUUGGAAGUACAGUUGGCAGAUGUCAUUCUUAACCCCUUUCAUUCAGUCCAGAUCGCUGGCGGCGGACGAGCCCGAGGAAGACAGAGAUGACGAAGACAAGGAGGAGGAGAGGACGGCGGAUGGAAACUCUUCGUUCGACGUUCAGGACUUUGAGGAGGAUCACGGAAUGCUGGACGGAUCGUCUCAUUACGCGGCAUCCGGCUCGCAAGGACCGGGACGGAAGCGGAAGUGGCAGACGGAGGGGACGGAUGAUCUGGAGGAUGAGAUGUUUCUGUUUAGCCUGUUGCCGUACUUGAGGCGGCUGCCUUACGCUAAGAAAAGUGCAGUAAAAUUAAAAAUUCACCAGCUAUUGUACGAGGCAGAGUUUAAGUGAUGUUUAUAGUUUCUUCAUAUUUUUCUAUCGUUUAUUGACAUUAAAGUUCUAUCCGCUGCAUUUUAUAACGUUCCUAACAGAUAUUGUAUCAAAGCUGGUGGAUGUUGAUGUUUGUUUCUUCAGAGUUGAUUAAACAGACAUUUUCAGUCUC